AUGGAAGGAAUGGAAAACGACGACUCUACCAAUGAUGCUCUCAGCUCCAGCAGCAGACAGCUGUCGGAUCUCCAAGAGAAAAUCCUUGCGAUUCUCCCGCUUCCAAGCGCCAUGAUCAGCGUAAUUGGGAGUACCAUGAUUCUCUACAUUGCGUUGGAAUCGAGAGCCCACAAGCAAUGGACUCCUUAUACUCGAUUGUUAGUAGCCAUGAGUCUUUGCGACAUUCUGUACAGUAUCAGCAUCAGCAUAUCUUCCUUCUUGAGACCACAAGAGACGAGUAACUUUGUUUACGCUUUGGGAAACGAUGCUUCUUGCAAUGCUUCUGGAUUUCUGAAUCAACUCAGCAUGUCCGCCAUUUUCUUCAAUUCGGCUUUAUCCUUUUACUUCUUAGCGACGGCACGCUUUGGAGUAUCUGCCAAACGAUUCUCCAGAAGGAUAGAACCAAUCAUGUAUGUGAUUUGCAUUGGACAUCCUUUUUUGACAGCAGCUGUGGGUUCCUACAUGGGCUUGUUUGCCGAACGAAGGGGGAUCAUGGGCUGUUGGUUGGAGUUUGACAAGCGCUGCACCAGCAAUGAUCCCGAAAUUCUAGCCACGGCUGAAAAUUGCACCUAUGUCUAUACAGGAGUCAUCUUUUAUGUCCUUCCCGCUGGAGGCACUCUGAUAUCCUUGGUGGUGAACAAUCUCAUCAUUUCUAGAUUUGUAUCCAGUAAGGUCAAGCCUUUUUCACGACGAGGACAAGGACGGCAAAGGCCCACAUCGCCAUUGGAACGACCUUCUUCUUCGUUCGAUUCCACGACAGGCGCUACUACCGACUUGGAUGCUACUACUACUCGGAGAAGUGAUGUCACCUCUUUGAGCGUGACUCAUGUGGCUAAUCCAUUUCGAACCGGAGUGCUACUACCCCAGGAGCCUUCUACCACUACUGAUAGUGACCAUCAGCAAUUGGCGACACAAAUGGCCCAGCACCGACGCCUCAAGCUUGUCAAAUCGCAAGCCUUUUUGUUUGUGGCCAGUUACUUCAUCUGUCACAUUUGGAGUGUGGGCAUGGCCUUGGGUGAUUUCUUGGCACGCAGCGAUCGAGCGGAACUGGAAAUGAUGGUCGACUACUAUCCCAUUGCGUUACUUCAAGCAGUCUUUCAACCACUCCAAGGCAUGCUCAACAUGUUGGUCUUUUGCCGUCCGAAAUAUUUGAAAUGGCGGACAGAAUAUCCAUGGGAAACCAAGUGGUGGGCCUUUCAACGAUCCAUCUUUGGAGAACGGAUUCGGCCUACCAGGAGAGGACGACCGGCAUCGAAGCCAGUGGAAGGAGAAGAUGAUGCAGAAGAAGGAGGGCGGCCAGAACAUUUUUCAUCUUCCAUAGAGGAAGAAUCAAAGCAAGCCAAGGGCGAUGCGAUAUCGGAUGGAGACGCGAGCCAUACCUCUGCGACUUUAUCGUCGGCGUCGUCUGCUAAUUCGUUUUAUCGAACAAGAGAAGGUAUGUCUACACUCACGGCAAGUUUAGGAGACUUUGAUCACGUCAUUGACGAUGGUGUCCAAGAUGAACGAUGGGCGGCUAGUGAACGAUCCGAUAGUGGUUUGACAGGAGCAUGGGUACCCAUUCGACGGUCGAGACAAUCCACUUCGACUGGAGCAACAACAAGGGGAUCCAGUUUGGAAGUGAUUAGUGAGCAUGCGGAAUCCGUAUUUGAAACUUUUCCUACUGCCACGAGCAUUAAUACUAGUGUGACAGCUGCUGCCAAGAAUCAACAACAACAACAACAACAACAACAACAGCAAGAACAAGAACAAGAAGAAGAACAACAACAACAACAACAACAAGCAAGAAGUACACCGAUCAGUCCAGAACAAAGGGUAGGGCGAUGGAGCCCCUCCAGUUCUCCAACGGGAAGAAGACGAAAAGGUAGUGGUGUAUUAGCGUCUCGGUUGUUGGAAGCGGGAAUAGCUGGCGACAACACUUCAACAAGCUUGGGGACUUUGGAUAGUCCCGCCAGCAGUCGAUGGAGUACUGGUUCUGAAUCAUUGCCCAGCCAUGUGGCUACUGCAGCAGCAACAACAACAUCCAUUCCAUUGCCAAGACGAGUUGAAAGUCUAAAUGACACAACGACCUCUUCGCCGACGGCGACAUCAACAACAUCAUCAUCGUCUUCGUCUCCCAAAUCGUUGACCAUUUCACCGCCCUUGUCCAAUAGCAGUGGCGGCUCGGUAUCAAGUGCCUCCACUGUGUCGUCUUUGGAUACACCGCUAUUACCACCCAGACGACGACUGAGUCCACCACCAUUUGCCAACGAUAGUGAUAGUAGUAGCAGUGGCGAUGAUCAUGGUAAUGAUAACGAUGGGGAUACUAGCGAUGAUGGUUCUUGUUCGACAGAGGAUGGAUCGUUGUGA